AUUGACCUUCCGUUAAAAUGACAGAAAAAAGCGUCGCCUACUUAACCUCCAAAAAUUUCUCUUUCCGAUUAAAAAUAACAAGAAUUUAAUUAUUAAUAAAACAUAGAAAAUAUUUAGUGGUUUAUUAGAAAAAAAAAAAGGAUUCGAUUUUAUCAGAAAAACAAAAUAGUUCUUUAGAUACUGAAUAAGAUUAAGUAAAAAAAGAAAAUGGAUGAAAAUUACGAAAAUAGAAGUACAACAAGUACAAGUUCCGAAGCCGAAAACACAAUAACAUUGCAAGUAAGUGAAAAAAUUGAAGAAAAACUCUACAAUUGGUAUUCCGAAUGUCUAAAUAGAAAAUUAUCAAUCAAUCGAUCAAUGUUAAAAAAGAAAGCCCUAUCGCUAUUUCAAGAAUUUGGCAAUGAAUCAUAUUUUAAAAAUGAUUGGCUCAAUAAUUGGCGUAAAAAAUAUGGAAUUCUUCAACUUCCAUUAAUUAAUCGUUCAUCAAUGGCACCAUCAAUGGAAGAAAUAUUUGAUAUGUAUUUCAAAAAAUUAAUUAAAGACGAAAAUAUUAGUUACGAUCAAAUAUUCACAUGCUUUGAAACGGGACUCUAUUAUAAAAUGUUACCAACAAGUGAAUUAAUUUAUCAAUCGCAAAUAAAUAUACCAAAUUUUGAUGUAACAUCAAAUCGUGUUACAAUAUUUAUAUGCACAAAUGCAUCGGGUACAUUAAAAUUUCCUCUACUUGUCGUUGAUAAACAAUAUAAGCCACAAGCAUUAAAAAAUAUAAAACCAAAUAAUUUACCACUUAUUUAUCAAUAUCAAAAAAGUGCCUGGGUCGAUACAAGUGUCUAUCAAAAUUGGUUCGAUACAAUAUUUGUACCGCGUGUAACAAAAUUUCUACAUGAAAAAGAUUUACCGCAAAAGGCAAUUUUAAUUGUCGAUAAUGCUCCACUUCAUGCAUCUGAGGAUAAAUUACGUUGCGGCAAUAUACGUUCAACGUUAUUAAAUAUAAAUGUACAAUCAAUAACAAGAAGAAUAAAUCAAGAGAUAAUGAGAGAUUUAAAAAUACGCUAUCGUUAUCGAAUGCUCCAAUCACUUUUAGAAUAUCAACACGAUAAAAUUGAUAUAAUGCAACGUCUUUAUAAUAUCACAAUAAAAGAUGUUAUUUUUUGGUUAGCUGAUGCAUGGUCCGAUGUUUCAACAAUGGGAAUAAAACGAAUAUGGGAUCGUUUAUGGCAUGAGAAAAAAUUCGUUCAAUUUGAUGAGAAUGAUUCAAUGUCAAUUUUAGAUUUAGCAAAAUUAUGUCUACAAAUUAAUGGUUGUCAGGAAAUUGAUAUUAAAGAUAUGGAAAAAUUAAUGGAUAAAGAUAAUAGAGCAAUGUAUAAUCUUUCAGAUGAGGAAAUUAUUGAAAUUGUUUUACAAACAAAAAGAGAUGACGAACAACAUUCUAAUGAAUUAACACAAAAAAUUGAUAAUCAAACUGCACAACAACAACUUGAAACAUUAAUAUCAUUUUUUGAAACACAACAAGUACCAACGGAUGAUUUAAUAACAUUAAAUUUACUACGAAAUAAAAUUAAAGCUUGUCAACGAUUUGAUUUGUAUCAACAGCCAAUACAAUUUUUUCAAAUGUCAAAUCCAUUAAAUAUCGAUUCAUAAUUGUAAAUUAAUUAAAUAAAUUUUUUUUUCAAAU